AAGAGAUUCGACUUGUUUUCAUCCGGGAGCGGGGGAUAAUAUGUCAAGACGCAAACAGACCAACCCUUUCAAAGUGAAUUGUAGGUAUCCCAGGGCCUUUUCACACGACUGGGUUGUCCGGCCCGCAGCACACUUUUGAGAUGGAUGCUAGAGAUGACUUCAUUGAGGACGGGGAAUGCCAUAGCAACAACUCACAGGAACCUGAAGAGCAAGACAGCACAAGUGACGACGGUGAUAGUGAUUUUGAUAAAGACGACUCCUCAAAUGCCUCUGCUGAUGACAGCAUGAUGAGUAAUAAGAGCAGCCACGGCCCCAUACUACAUGAUGACGUCAAGGAGGAGAACGAGGAGGGGACAGACCAGGGGAGCAGUUUUGCAUGUCCUCUUUGUUCCCUGGAGUUCAGUAGCCCAGAUCAGCUCAUUGCACACGUCUACCAGCACACAGCUGUGGGUGGCAGUAAGAGUUAUAUCUGUCCUGUUUGUGGAAGAGCUCUCAGUUCUCCAGGCUCUCUUGGUCGCCAUCUUCUCAUCCAUUCAGAGGACCGACUGUCCAACUGUGCUGUAUGUGGGGCUCACUUCACAGACACCAACAACUUCAACAGGGAAAAGUUGAAGGAGUUCCUCGACACAAGCAGUAUAGAGAUCAACAGUGAGGGCGAGGCCUGUGACAUGUCCAACUCUUUAACCAGAAGCACUAUGACUAACCCCAACACAAAUCCUUGUCCUGGACUGACCUCAUUGCCAGAUGGUCUUCUCCCUUCUGCACCUCCUCUUCCCUCACUCUCUGACAGCCUCAGUCCUCAAAGCACGGGACUUCCGCCUCUUCCAGACCUUAUGAACCCUAUGCCCGUGUACCCGGCUGGGGUUUUGUUGGUCUGCAACAGCUGCGUAGCCUACCAGCAGCUUGUGGACGCCCAGUCACCGUCCAUGCGGAAAUGGGCGGCCCGUAGGAAGAACGAACCCGUACAGGUGCGGAUGCAUCGGCUUGAACGGGAACGAACGGCCAAGAAGACAAAGCGGGCAUGUGAGACAUCAGAGGAGCGGGAGAUACGCCGCUUACGAGACCGUGAGGCAAAGCGUAUGCAAAGGAUGCAGGAGACGGACGAACAGCGGGCACGUCGUCUGCAGCGAGACCGGGAGGCCAUGCGACUCAAGCGGGCCAACGAGACGCCCGAGAAGAGGCAGGCAAGACUAAUCCGUGAGAGGGAGGCCAAGAGGCUAAAACGACGCUUGGAGAAGAUCGACCCAUCGCUGAGAAACCAGAUCGAGCAUGACCCUGCUGCGAUGGCUGCGCUCACUGCUGAUAUGAGUCUAUUCCAGUUUUCCUUUCCCAUGUCCGUCCCUUCCAUGGACAAUGGACUGUUUAUGAAGCUUCCCUAACAAGCACAGCUCCAAACACCUCUCAGCCCAACAUUUGAGAAGAAUUUGCCAUUCUUAAAGAAUAACCAUCUUGACCAAAGUUGUGAUGAGAAGGUUAUGGUCUUGCAGUUUCAAGGAGGUGCUCACCCUGACAGCGAUUUGCAGUGACGUAGGCACCAGAUGUCUUUCACUUUCAAAGACAGAUUUGAGGCAACACGAAAGACUGUGAGUUGCAAUGCACAUGUUCUGCUGCCUGAUACACUUGGAUAUUGUAGUUGAGUACAGAAGUGAUUCUACAGGAUAGACAAGGCACUUGCUUUGGACCCCUAAGGGUGGCGGAUUCGAGUAGUCAACAGCAAGAAGAAAUAAACCUGAAAAAUAAAGCUUGGCAAAGAGCCCCUCUAGGGGGCCUCAUCUCAUUAACUACAAUCUCAGUGAAAAAUCAAAUGAAGAGUAGGCAUCAUGCAGAUAAUGUUCCCAUCUGGUAGUCAGAAGAGAAAAUAGGAGCCUGCGGCACCAGAGUCCCACAAUCAUUAUCAGUCAAGUAGGAACACCUACUAGCGACCAAGACCACGCCGACUUGCCAAGCUCCAGUGAUUUAAUUGCUGUCAGUGUGAACAACCCUUUAUGGAUUUCUGUAACAUAUUACAUAAUUAACUGAACUUCUAUAAGAAAUUCCGACAUUCACUGAAGGGCAAACCCUCUCAGUAAGCAUGUUUUACUUUGUUUUCAAGGCUCAGACUUUUAGCCGUCUUUCUUCAGAGCAGUGAGAUCCUUCCAGAAGAAGGCUCUCUGUUUGCACACGGACUUACAGUGACAGGAGUGAGACGUGUAGCCACACUCCACACUCAGCCUACUGUUCAAAUUUGCCAGUCUGAAAGGUUGGAGUUUACCUGCAACUAUGGCUCACCUCCCAGAACCCAAGAUUGGGUCAAUACUAGCUCAUACUCACAGAACCAACUACCUCACCAUGGGAUCCUUACAUGGCCUAGUCACACCUGUGGCCUCGACCAGAACCACAGGGGUUGUGCAGGUCCACAUACCGACUCAAUGUUCCCUAUGCCAACACACACUCUUGUUCAGGGGUGUAGUCCUCUAGUCCUGCUUUUGGAGGGUUCAUCCUCCAGAGUUCACCCCUGAACCAUCUGAUCAAGGUAUUCAGGGUUACUUGAAACCCCCAGGCAGGUGUGUUGGAGUAGAUUGGAGAUAAACUCUCCAUGAUGUUGGCCGUCCUAGAGCAGGAUUGGACACCCCUGGUAUAAUCAUUGCCCUACAUGUUCGCUGAAACAACUACACUUUAUUUAAAUGCUGUUUGAGAGCCGCUGACCCAAAUGCUGAAAUCUAAGUGGGCUUGUGGUCUUUGCUUAUACAGACCAUAAGGUGUCCUACUUGUCAAGAUUUACAAGGAUACCACCUUUGCAGCCACUGUGUCCCUCAAUGCACCCUUUAGUUGAGCCCAACCUGGUGCAGACUUUGGAAACGGACAACUAACUGACAGUCUGUGUGGCAUUUUAUCACUUAAGUGUGGACUCCACGAAAGACUUCAAGGGCCGAGGGUGCCAUUUGGGACAAGGCCUCUAUUGGAGACUUUGUCCUUUUUUAAAAGAGGAAGGUCAUUUCUGCAGAUGUACUGUUAAAUACUAAAAGUAUCCGUUUCAAAGCACAUUCAGACACACUUCUCUGACCUCCCAAAGGCUUUAUACUUUAUCACAAUGCUACACGGGUUCAUAUUUGUCUAGGAACUCAGGGAUGGUGUGGAUCACCGGCAUCCUCCUGAGAAAACAGAGGAGCAGGAGACCUCCUCUUCUUCAUUCUUCAUUAUCAUCACCACUUGCUCAGAUCAUAUACUACCUUUUACUCACCUUUACUGGUCACAUUGGCCUUUUUUUCCUCUUGUUCAGACUGCAAACUCCUCACCUGAGCCAAAAUGUCGAUAUGGAUAUUACGCAACUCCAUGACGUCUCAACUAACCAACCAGUCUCUGCCCUCUGCUGCUGUCACUGUACUGUAUAACGUGUAUGUUACCUCUUUAAACCAGUGUGGUCCCGCACUGGACCUGGGAAUGCUUGUUGUUAAUGGUGAGGCACUUAGUGUGUGCUCGAUCUCUGUGGCAACAUAAGUAGUGUACAAAUUCAAACUGUUGCCUUUGUCACUGGAAAGUUGUGCUUUGGUUUUAUAUUUAAUGAUUUAAAUGAAUUUGUGUGCUAAUUCUAUGAGAUGUGCAAUGAUGUAAAGGUUUAGCGAAUGCAUGUACAAUGAAACAAUCAGGAUGAACACUUCCAGAGAGAAAUCCCUCCUAUAUGAAGCAGUGAUGACUCUGUAUAUGUAUGUAAACAUUUAAAUGACAAGGUAAAGACACAUUCGCCAACGUUUCACACUAAUUUAAAGGUGAAGUGUGUAAUUUCUGCUCAACAUCUGAUGGCCAAAAUAACACUUGCAUCCCAAACACUGCCCCCUGUCUUCCAUUAUUCACCAAACAGGUACCCCCACCAAAAAUUCUAACCAAUUCAGAAGUUGACAUGUUGGAACGCCCAACAUACAAAGCAAAACACCGCAGUGUUUAUGGUAGUGGUUCUUAAACUUUUUGGGUUAACCACUUCAAGAGUAAAACAACAAAAGCAGACCACCAAAUCUCAUUCAGGGGUGUCAUUCAAUGCCCUUUUCACCAAUUCUAUCAUGAGCCACAGUAAAUUUUCCAGAAGGCUGUUUUGUUCCUUUGUAUAGAAAUUAACGUUUCUUUUAGCUAAUAAACUGAUGAGCCAACUGUUUGCUAGCUAAGAAAUUGGACCAAAUGUUUACGUACACUUGACAACAGACACUUAAGCAUAAAAUGAGUGUCAAUUCAUUGUUAUGUUGGUUAAUUCAAUGUUGGUGCUUUUAUUUAUUCAAGUCUUUUUUAUUGACUAAACUCGCAGACAACAGUUUCAGAACCACUCUACAAGUUGAGAGAACAUUGCACACAUCACCUUGAAACUUUACUCACUUCUCAGUGUUUCAUAUUGGGCGAAAGGGUUAGUCAUGUUAAAACGGACCACUGUACAUCUGUAAGUACCUCUUGGAAACAGGGUAGACUGUGUGUGUGAGAUAUGUAUGUCUUAUAUUUCAUUCCAAUACUUAUUACAAUUUAUUUAUUACUUCACUGAAUGACGCACAUUUCAGUGUUUUAAAUUCACAAUGUUGUCAUUACCUUCUUUAGAGAUACCUCUAAUACUCAAAGCGAAGCAGUGGAGCUUUCCCGCACAGUUGAAGGCAACUGGAUACUGGUCCCACGUUUAUGCUGUCGUGAAGUAUUAAUGAUGGGCUCCUUAAGUAAAAGAAAGGAUUUAAUGUACAUGUGAUGAAGCAUCACUAUGCAAUUGAGAGCUGUACUCAAGAAACGUUGUAUUACUACUAUGCAGUUGAUAUGAAAGUAAAUGGACUCAAAUGCUCCAGAUCACAAACCUCAGGCAACUCUUGACAGUCAAGCCAUUGGUCCUCAAGCCUGUAACCCUCGACCACCAGAUCCAUCCUUAAGUUUUGUUUUCAGUUACUCCAUUGAUAAGGACAGAGUUGAUGUUGAUGUAUGCACAUUCAGGAAGAACAAUGCAAUUUUUAUGACCCAAUUCCCUGAAAUUCAUUAUAAAGCACUGAGUUAUUUCAUACAGUAGCAUCAAAGAUGUGGAAACCCAUCCUGAUGCAAUGAAAAAAAAUCAAAUGAUUCUCUAUAUUCCAGAACGAGAUGUUGGCAGGAUGCAUUGUCUAUUUUGAAGAUAAAAUAUAAAAGAGUAUUUUCAAACAUUAACCCUAUUUAGUCUGCAUUAUUCCCAAACUAGUAUUUUUAGUGGUAUGCAUUGCCAUGUGACAUGUUAUGUAUUAAACAACCAUUUUCUUUUACAUGUCUGUGUAUAUAAGUCAGUAAACCCCUGGAAAUGGAACUUGCAUGUUAUAAACUACAUGUUCUAAAUGCAUUUAUACAAGCUUUUCAUUAAGGAUUGGAGUUCAGUAAUGACUUGCCUUCUUGUCAGUCUAUCUAGAUUUUUUCAUGAUAAUGUUUACAAAUCUAAACGGCCAAAAUGAAUGAAACUUAAUAAAAGUGACAAGGUCACAAUGCCAAAUGGUCCUGUUCAGAAAGCCAUGCUCUGUUAUUGGGUUAACAGAUUGAAAGCUCAUCAUAAAAGCAGGAACAGAAUGUGGAAUAAACAUUGACUU